GAAAGGCGGAAGUGGAGGCCGGAGCCUGGGACACCGCUGGGGGGAGAGGAGCGGAGCCUGUCCGAGCCCCGGCCCCAAGUAACGCCGCCGACCCGGAGCCGCCCACAGAUGUGGUGAACCUGAGAUUCAUGCUCACGUCCCUCCGAUCCCAAAGUCUGAGCCAUUUCUUCGUCCAUCCUCCGCAGAGUUGCUCAUAGAUAAGAGAGCGGACAGUUGGAGGCCCCUCCCCACUAAGUGCCUCUUUGCACAGCACUGGCCCCCGCCCCCACGCUCACCGGCACCACUGCAGCGGGACGGGCCAUGGCGGGUCGGGGAGGUGCAGCACGACCCAACGGACCAGCUGCUGGGAACAAGAUCUGUCAGUUUAAGCUGGUCCUGCUGGGGGAGUCCGCAGUGGGCAAAUCCAGCCUCGUCCUCCGCUUUGUCAAGGGUCAAUUCCACGAGUACCAGGAGAGCACAAUUGGAGCGGCCUUCCUCACACAGACCGUCUGCUUGGACGACACAACAGUCAAGUUUGAGAUCUGGGACACAGCUGGACAGGAGCGGUAUCACAGCCUGGCCCCCAUGUACUAUCGGGGGGCCCAGGCUGCCAUCGUGGUCUACGACAUCACCAACACAGAUACGUUUGCACGGGCCAAGAACUGGGUGAAGGAGUUGCAGAGGCAGGCCAGCCCCAACAUCGUCAUCGCGCUCGCGGGCAACAAGGCCGACCUGGCCAGCAAGAGAGCCGUGGAGUUCCAGGAAGCACAAGCCUAUGCAGAGGACAACAGUUUGCUGUUUAUGGAGACAUCAGCAAAGACUGCGAUGAACGUGAAUGAAAUUUUCAUGGCAAUAGCUAAGAAGCUUCCCAAGAACGAGCCCCAGAAUACAGCUUGUGCUCCGGGCCGGAACCGAGGAGUGGACCUCCAGGAGAACAACCCUGCCAGCCGGAGCCAGUGCUGCAGCAACUGAGCCCCCCUUACCUGCCCACUGCCCCCACCUCCUCCGCCUCAACGACCCGACUGGAAUCCACUCUAACCAAUCGCACUUACCGACUCGGGCCACCACUGGGGGGCAGGGGGAGGGGCCCACCAUGGUUUCUCCAUAUCAUUUUGAUCAUAGGCCGGAGUGAGUUAUUCCACCUGCACCUUUCUGUACAAAUACUAAUUCAAUUUUAAGUCUUAA